GCCUUCAACUCUAGGAACCGGCCCGAUACAUCUGUAAGGUGAGCAUCCCUCUCUGACUGGUGCAGAUUAUCUGUAGAAUCUCAAGGGAAUGCUAGAUUCUGUUGCACAAGGUGCCAGUACACCGACAUAUUCAGAACCUCACUUCUGGGCGGAUUAUUUCUGCCAUGAUCUGUAUCCAACUCCUAGAGAGCAGUCGCCAGGGAUCUCUUGGACCGCUUCGUUCCCAGAGCAAUGGUCUAAGCACCAUGUCUGUGAGUGGCUACAGUAUUGCUGUGACAGCUACAAACUUGAUGCCAACUGUAUCCCCUUCGAUCACUUUAAUGUAUCUGGUCUGCAGCUUUGUAAUAUGACCAGAGAUGACUUCACAGAGGCAGCGGGAUCGUGUGGGUAUUAUCUCUACAGUAUUCUACAGGAUAUCCGCACGCAAGGGUUCGCAUGCCAUACCACCACUGAAGACAGAAGUCCACCAAUAUCAAACAAAGAAGAAAGAGUAGAAGUGAAGAUAGAAGUAGUGAAACGGAACAAACCAUCCACACUCAGCAGACCUGGUGUACACAGUUCUCACCUGUGGGAAUUCAUGAGGGACCUUCUUCUCUCACCUGAUGCCAAUGAUGGAAUCCUGGAAUGGGAUGAUAAAGAACAUGGGGUAUUCCGAGUGGCAAAGUCUGAAGCACUGGCGCAGAUGUGGGGCAGAAGGAAAAAGAAUGAAAGGAUGAACUAUGAAAAACUCAGCCGAGCCCUGAGGCACUACUAUAAAAGUGGGAUCCUGGAGCGGGUAGACAGGAGGCUGAUGUACAAAUUCGGGAAGAAUGCCCAUGGGUGGAAAUGACAGUGCCAUAGAAGUUGGUUCAGUGCCAUCACCAGGGGGAACUAUGGAUGUCACACCGUGGAUUGACUGGCAAUUAAUGAGAACUGGCAGGUAUUAGAAUGUGAAUGGCACAGCUGAAACGCCUAAAGUAGAAAAACAUGGAUGGAGAUCUCCUGCAGGUUCUACAUGAUGGACAACCACUUUUUAUCCACAAGCAAGAGCAGCAGCUUCCCGCUUGUAUAAUACAGGAUGGAUCUACCCAAACAUUCCUGGCUUCUUCCUUUGUCCUAGUCCUUCAAACCGCCCGAAUAUGGCUGCUAUAAGAUUUCCAUACGGGAAUAUCCAGAAGGAAACCCUCAAACCUGGAGAUGUUCGUCUGCACUUUCCUCUAUUAAGACAAUACCUUUUUAAACCCUUUAAACAAUAAAAUCCUACCUAUAACCCCAAUGGUAGAAACAUUGAAUGUAAUGGAUAAAGAAAUAAAACAUUUGCAGAAGAACUAAUAACCCAUAGCAACCAAUGAGCAUCUAGCAUUUAUAGGUCGCCCUAUUAGAGUUUAUUCUCAUCCUGCAAACCCUCCAGUAUUCUGAGGGUACAAUUUAGGCUUUGCUCCUGAUUGCAUCAAAAAAUAUCAGGACAUGACCAUAGUCCUCCCCAAAUAGCAAAUAUGAGAUAAGGCAAGAAUCAUAGUUGGAUAUGGGCAGCCAAUCACAGCUCUGCCUUCACAUGGGAAAAAUCAACUGUGGUUCCCUCUCAGGUCCACUUAUCCGCUGAUAGGCUGGCAUCCUACAGGGCAAGGUAGGUAGCAGGUAGCAAUUACUAGUCAGCUGUUUAGAGACAAGCAUCUGAUUGGUUGCUAUGGGUUACUAGACCUGCAGUUUUGCUCUUAUCAUGAAAUACUCUGUUUGUAUUUAAUAAAUAGGUGUCCUCAUCUCCUGCCCCAUCCUGACACCUAAUAGUCUGUAAAUUAAUAAAAAUGAAUGUAUUUUGA